UCAGAUCAACAGAUUGCCCACAGUUGCCUAAAACAUUAAAAUCAAGUGCUCUGCCCCUCUUCUUUCUUGCUUCCUUAAAAUCUUUCUCUCUUUCUCAUUGUUUUGUUUCACUUAAUAUUUCGAUUUGCUUCUUUUUUUGGUUCUUAUUAAAAGCAAUAAUUUCAACUUCUCUAUUUACGCGAAGACCCUCGAGUUUCUUUAAUCUCAAAAACCCUAAGCAAUGGAUGCACAGCGAGCUUUGCUUGACGAACUCAUGGGAACUGCUCGUAAUCUAACGGACGAAGAGAAGAAGGGAUAUAGGGAAAUCCGGUGGGAUGAUAAAGAGGUGUGUGCUUUCUACAUGGUUCGAUUUUGUCCUCACGAUCUCUUCGUCAACACUCGCAGUGAUCUCGGACCAUGCCCUAGAGUUCAUGACCAAAAGUUGAAAGAAAGUUUUGAGAAGUCUCCAAGACAUGAUGCUUACGUGCCCAAAUUUGAAGCUGAACUGGCUCAGUUUUGUGAGAAAUUGGUGAUGGACCUUGACAGAAGAGUUAGGCGCGGUCGAGAGCGCCUUGCUCAAGAGGUGGAACCUGCACCACCUGCUCCAUUAUCUGCAGAAAAAUCCGAACAACUAUCUGUCAUGGAGGAAAAAAUAAAAAACUUGCUGGAACAAGUGGAGACACUUGGUGAAGCUGGAAAGGUGGAUGAAGCUGAGGCGCUUAUGAGAAAGGUGGAGGCGCUUAAUGCUGAGAAGACGGCCUUGGCUCAACAACCUCAGAAUGAUAAAGUAUUGAUGCUUGCACAGGAGAAAAAAAUGGCCCUAUGUGAGGUUUGUGGAUCUUUUCUAGUAGCUAAUGACGCUGCUGAGAGGACUCAAUCACAUGUUACAGGAAAGCAACAUAUUGGUUAUGGCAUGGUUCGGGAUUUCAUCUCUGAGUUCAACGAAGCCAAGGAGAAAGCAAGGGAAGAGGAAAAAUUAUCAAGAGAGAAAGAAGCCGAAGAACGGAGAAAGCAGAGGGAGAAGGAAUAUGAGAGUAGGAGGAGAAGCGAUUCAGGUGAUAGGGACAAAUAUCAUGAUCGAGACAAGGACCGAGACAGAUAUUGCGAACGUGAUUUGUAUCGCGAAAGGUCUCGAGAGUGGAAUGGGAGAGGUAUUCAUGAUGGAGAGAGGGAUUGGAGGUACAGGAAUGGCAGAGAUGGAGGCAGGGAUAGACACCGGAAACGCAGCAGGUCCCGUUCCCCCAGUAGACAUAGUCGCAGGAGGUCCUCAAGAAGUCCAGUUCACUGAUAUUAGUGCAUUCUGUAGUUAGAUGUUUUGCUUUGAAAUCCGAUGAGGUAGACAACUUUUUUUUUCCUUUACUUUUUCUAGUUUAUAAACUUGCGAUUAUGGAGUAGUGCAAAUUUGGUCGUUCACGGGUGGAGCAUUUUUCUUGGCAUCUCACAGCUUUCUUGAUACUACCCCGAAUCCCUUUUGUCAACAUUAGUAGGGAAGAAAAGGGUUGAGGUAGGUAAAACAAUAUUAUUUGCAACUAUUUUUUUUUUUUUUAAAUCUUGUCUGGACUAAAUUAUAGUUUGCAGAUGUGGAAAUUGUUGAGUCUCUUAUAGCUCCUUUCCUUGA